GUGUAUUUGCUCAAACAAGAAACAUUAUUGUAUUGAACUUGUAUUGAGUACAUUUUUUUAACAUCUUUGAGACAACAAUAUCUGUUAGCAUAGACACAGUGUUGGAGCAGGAGUUGAGACUUUAUCAACUGGCCCAGCCUGAGCUUCUUUUUGUCCAACAAGCACACACGGUUUAAUAUGGCCUCUGUUUUAUAUGUUUUACGAGCCAUCCUGACGGCGAUUCUCCUGCUGGCUGGAAUCGUAGUGCUGGUUUUACAGUAUCUCCAGUCAUCUCCAGCUCCAACAUGUCAUCUUCCCCCGGCUCAUUCAGGACAGCUGAAGCAGGCGAACAGCUCUGGAGUGGAACAACAGACAUACAAGCCUAUAAUGCUGCUGUGGUUUUGGCCUGAAAACAAAAGAGCUAUUCAGGAUGACCUCUCCAACCUCCCCACCUCACCUAGAGCCAGAUUUCAGAGGUGGAUCUGGUUCAACACAGACUCACCAAACAACACGCGCAGGAUAGAAGGCAUAAAAAGCCUUUUUAACUUAACCUUGAGCUACAGGAAGGAUGCGGAUAUUCAAGUUCGCAGGCUACUUACUUUCAAGAAUUCAGAUGAAGAGUUCGUACUUCCCAAGAAGGAACGUUUGCUUUGUUGGUUUGUGGAUAGCGACAACCUCACCACAGAAUCAGGGGAGAGAUACAGCUACUACAGAGAGCUUAUAAACCACAUGAAGGUGGAUGUUUUUCACAGCUCUACCAAAGGGGAGAACUAUUUCCUGACCAUUAGCAGCUGCAAAUUCUACCUUUCCUUUGAGGAUUCAAUUCACAGAGAUUACAUUACAGAAACGUUCAAUGGACCUCUGUCAGUUGGCACUGUGCCGAUUGUUUUGGGCCCACCGAGAAAAAACUAUGAGGAUUUUGCCCCAGGUGAAUCCUUCAUACAUGUUAAUGAUUUUCCUACUUCCUUAGCACUAGCUCAGUUCCUCCUGGGCCUGGAUAAGGAUCAGGAGGCUUAUAUGAGAUACUUUAAUUGGCGAGGAUACUAUACUGCAAUACGUCAUCUUACCGAGGAGAAGUAUGAGUUUGCACACUCUAUCUGCCAGGCCUGUCGUCACGUUGGCAUAUUCAGGAAGUACAGAGUUGUACCUGAUCUGUACAAGUGGUUCUUACUGUAAUGCUGUUAUUGAUGUACUGCUCCUCUGAACUGAUUAAAAACACAAAUCAGAAUCUAUUCAGAGAAAUACUUGAAAUACUAAACCUUUUAAACACCGACCUAUUUUCUAGGUUUCUGCUCAAAAUAACAUACCCAAACUAAAAAGGGUGUAUCUCUACAACCACAAAGGCUAUUUGAAUAAGUUGUGUGUUAUAAUAAAGGCAAACCAUGUGUGCUUUUGUUCAGAAGUGUAAAUAUUCUUAUAUUUGUUACUCGUUAAGAGUAAAUAAAGAUGAAAGACAGCAAAAGUGUCAUUUCCAGGUUCGCCUAGAAAAAAAAGCACUUUCAGGAUGAUUAUCUUUUGGAAGGAUGCACAGCAAAGGUCAAAAGACACAGAGGUCAUAGCACAUUAUGUGACCAGUCUCUCUGCAAAGUUUGACUUUGCAAAAGUAAAGCAGAACAAAGUUAGAGAGGUUUUA